AUGGACGGCACGAUGGAUUUCUUGUUCAGUCCCGUCUCAACCGCCAACGCGAUGCCGGGUCUUUCUACGUCCAAUCAGUCUGCGCGUGGCCAGUAUCCCAAUCCCAGCUGCUGUUCAACAUUCGAUCAACGAUCUUCAGGCUCCACCACCGAACAAUUACGGCCGUCUCCGACCUCCGCCGGCGCUCGCAAGGAAUUCCUACCCGCAGGUGCUCGUAUUCCUUAAGGCAUGAUCGAGCGCGUGCAACGCAAGCCGCCUAAGCGCUAUAUCCUCAAGGAAGAGAAAGAAGGACCGUCAUCGUGCAUUUGAGCAGAUGCUUGCCGUGCCUUCAUGGAAUGGUACUAUUACGAAGAGAACAUCCAGCUGAGCGAUUCCAACGCGUCACCCAGUCAAAGGUCGUCAGCAAAAGAAGGGCGCUGAGCACGUGGGACACCUUCCGGACGAGCCAGUACUUCUGGAGAAACUAGCCAACAAUGAUGGUAUUGAUCGUAAGCAGAUUACAAACCUUCCUCGUUGCCGUGUUGAAGUGCUCUGAAUAGCCUGAUUGCUGCUAUUCCUACUCCCCAGUCCCAGUCAGCCUGAUAGAAUGGCAACCGAUCGCCAGCGAGUUGUGGACUCGGAUCAACGCGACAGAAAGCGGGCGAGCCGAGUGCGAGGACAUCCCGGCGCUGGAGCAAGAUACGACAGCCAUAGGUGCCGAUGAUGUGGACAACUCUGUAUCCACUAUUGCCUUCACGUAACCCUGUACAGCGGCGGUGUCUGACAAGGCAGCUGCACAAGCUUAUAAAGAACUUGCCUCACAAUGCCAAGAUACUGUGAGUUGAGCUUCUUGUGGAGUCUCUUCAUGUCUGUUCAACACGCUUACUUACACAGUGUGCUUCUUAGAGCGCCUACUAUUCGUUGAACUUCCAAAUCGAGACAUUCGCUGUGAUCGGCUCCAGCUGUGUGGAGCGCAAGGAAGGUCGCGCCUCCCGGUGUUCCGCUGGGGCAGAGGCUUUCUCUGAACGCAUGGGCUGGUUCGGAACCGACCAGGAACUUGAUAUAGUCAAGCGCUUCACCAAAGUCGUAACUGGCCAUGCUGCAUUCGAGGAGUCAGUGAAUGGACCAAUCCAGCUAGGUGCGCGGUGGAGAUUCCGACUUGACCACGCGCUUUGACUAUGCUCCCUGCCCUCUUCGUUCUUGCUGACCCUUGCGUGCCAUCUACUCCACUGCAGUCUGGGCCGGCGACGUUUACGACAAGAAAUUGACAUUUCGAGAUCUCAGCAUCUAGUACCGUCAAUUGGUGCAGCAAGCGUUUGGUGAGUGCUGUUUGUCGCGUCGCUUCCCGUGUCGGACCGAUUCCGUUCGAUCUGGACUCUUGACCCUGAUCCCUUUCUGCCCUCUCUCGACUAUUUCGAUAGCCGGUGCACUCCAAACACAACGGGCUCAAGAAGGCGUUGGCAUGCCAAGCAACCCGAAGACUUGGUUCAACAGGCCGAAACUUCUUUCUCAAUACAAGAUGAUUGUCCAUGUUAACGGGGGGUUUGCGCCUUGGCGAUUUCCGCUCCCCGACUGGCUCACCCAAUACGAUGAAAAUGGUGGUUCAAGAACGCUUUGGCGCAUCAGCAACGUAUCACACUCGUUAUUACUAACCGAAUGUAAUGUAGCUAUACCAUACACUCAACGCGAAGAAGCCAUCUCUUGGUCUGAUCAGUCACAAGCAUCUGCAACGCACUUCACUCGGGAGGGAUCAUUCGAGACGUGCGGACCGUCUCACAAAGGGGCGCAAGUACUCAGAAACACCAGAGCGAUCAUUGUAGCUGCCAAGACUACUACGUAA